AUGACAACAUCUGCAUUGUUCAUGUCCUUGCUCCUCACCUUGACCUCCAUCUUGUCUCCGGCGGCCGCUUACCGUUGUUCUUGGUGCCCUCCGGCACCUCCGGCCUCGCCGUGGUGGUGGCGGCCGACACCACCGCCGCCGCCUCCUCCUAAGCUCUCGUCGAGAAAUUUCUACCGAUGUCUCAACGAACACUCCCCUAUCCAGUUCUCGACCGUCUAUGCCCCGGACAUCGACCGAGCCUCGUUCGCCCGCCAGCUCAGCUCGACCGCCCAAAACCUCCGGUGCCGCGAACCCUUCGUCCCGAAGCCCCUCCUCAUCUUCGCCCCGAACGACGAGUCCCACGUCCCGGCUGCCGUCAAUUGCUCCCGCCGCCUCGGAGCCGACCUCCGGAUACGAUCCCUCGGCCACGAUUACGAGUGCCUCUCCUACGUCUCGUUGAUGAAGAAACCCUUCGUCGUCCUCGACCUCCAAAACCUCCGAGACUUCGCCUACGAACCCCGAACCCAGACCGCGUGGGUCCAAGCAGGGGUCUCCACAGGCGAGCUCUACUACCGCGCGGCCAGCGCCACGCAGGGAGCCUACGGCUUCCCCGCGGGACUCUGCAUGAGCCUCGGAAUCGGGGGACACAUCACCGGCGGCGCCUACGGUGCCCUGAUGCGGAAGUUCGGGCUCGGAAUUGACAACGCGAUCGACGCUCGGAUUGUGAUGGCCGACGGCACAGUCGUCGCCAGCGUCGCAGAUUACGACCCGGACCUUUUGUGGGCCCUCAAGGGAGGCGGCGGGGGAAACUUCGGAAUCAUCCUUGCGUGGCGGCUCAAGCUGGUCCGGGUGCCCAGGAAAGUCACGGGCAUCACGGCCGUUCGGGUUCUCGACAAAAACGAGAUGAAGACACUCGACAAGUGGCAGAAGAAGGCUUACCGGAUGAGCAGAGAUCUGUUCAUCCGGGUCCUGAUGCAGAGGAGCGGCCUGAACGGGCCGGUCCUCGCCAUCUACAAUGGAAUUUAUCUCGGAACACGGGAUAAGCUCGUCUCGAUUAUGGCGAAAAGCUUACCCGAGCUAAAUCUAAACGGGUCAACCGAGUGCAGGGAGAUGACGUGGAUCGAGUCAAUGGUUUACAUCGGCGGGUACCUCAACGGAAAGCCCGUGGACCUUCUCGACCGGAAGCCCGCGUUCCUCAACUCCUUCAAAGCGAAAUCGGAUUUCACGCGCGGUUUAAUACCAAUGAAAGGACUCGAAGCGCUACGAGACUUGCACAAUGCGGGAGACUUUUCGUUGUUGACGAUUAUGAACCCGUUGGGCGGGAAAGUGGCCGAAGUCUCGGAAUACGAGACGGCUUACGUACACAGGGGGGCGGCGUACAUGAUACAAUACGUAGUCACGACAAGCAACACGAGCUUGGAAACCACGGCCAAGAACCACGAGUUUAUGACAAAGGUUUACGACACGAUGGCGAAUUACAUUCCGACAUCGGAUGGAAUGCGAGAAAGUUACGUUAACUACAAAGAUCUCGACUUGGGGCUGACCGAUUUUUGUCCGUCGAAUUGCAGCUGCCCCGAAUCGUGGGGCCACGCGUACUACAAGAGAAAUUUCGAGAGGCUUGUGAUGGUGAAAACCAGAGUUGAUCCUUAUAAUUUCUUCUUCUUUGAACAGAGCAUACCAUUAUGGUAUAAGCAAGGAGAAUGCUUGAAGUUUGGUUGA